UACAAAAAACAAUACACUCAAACUUGGUUUUUAGCUGGCAAAUAAACACUCUUUGACUUUGAGAGUGCACAUCGAGACACCUCAACUGGCAACUAAAUACUUCAAUUCGUCCUUAUUGUGUCUAAUGGACAUCUAAUGAUGACAUGACACAAUAAUUUUAGAGGUGUCUAGAUGAUUAUUUUAUAAGUUAAGAGUGUUCUACGGACAUAAUAGAGACGACGAGUUGAGUGUCUAGAUGUAGAUGUGAAUAGUAUUACUUCUCAGCUGAGGCCAACUUUGAAUGUUUGUUUAUGUAUUACGUCAUCAUUUUAACCAAAAAAGAGUUUGUAAAACAAAAAGUAGCUUAUUGGGGCAAAAUUUGAUUUGUCCAUCUCUCAUUCUCACGUUUAUUUGAUUAUUACUGUUUUUCUCCAGCAGCUCCAACACCUUUAUAUGUGCUUGAGGUUCAUCACUCGUCACUGCUCUAAUCAAUUGAGUGUACUUUAGUACUUUUGAACUGCCAAUAGAAUAUACCCUUGUUUUCUAGAUUACUUUUUGUUUUCAAUUGAAAGGAAGAGAAUAAGACUGCUAUUGUUGUGUGUAAUGGCAUCAUCCGUGAGCAACAGUAAUAGUCAUACAGAUGCUGAUAGUCUCAUAACGGGUCGUAUUGUUAUAGCUUUAGACGCAACCAGGGAUCACCCUGAACAGGAAUUCAAGCAAACUAUCAAUGAGAUCAGAUCACAAGGCAACAUCAUUCACGGAGGCGAUACCAUUAUUGUGCUUGGGGUGUUGCAUAAGUAUCUUCAUCCUAUGGGUUAUCAAAUGGAAGCAGAGCCACUGUCCAUUUUUGGAACUCACAAACGUGAGAUCGAAAAAGAGGUAUCAAAGAAGGUUGAUGCAUACGGGAACAUGCUCAUGCAAAGUGCCCUAGACUGUGAAGAUGAAGGGGUCGACAUUGAAGUCAAAAUUACUGCUGGAACUCCAGUAAGGAAGGUAGUUGUACAAGAGGUUGCAACUAUCAAUGCGACAUGUGUUGUGCUAGAUAGGCACCUCAGGCGGGAUUUGACGUAUUACCUUAAACACAUUCCUUGCAAAGUUGCAUUACUUGGUGAUAACUUAUAUGUGAAGGUUGUGAGACCUUAUUCCAUAGUCGAUGCUGACAGCAUAGAGCGUAAGUUAUACUUUUCUUUGUCCAAGCAAGUACCGUUGGCACCUCCUCCAACUGCAGAGAACAUGGAGCAGUCUGUUGUUUCAAUCAAUUAUUCAGGUUCCGUGGAAAGCUCUGACAUACAAGAGAAUUUGGUGAUGUACAAACAACCAGAGAAUAGCACUUCAAACGAAGAUUUUAGUGACAAUUCUAUUCAGGAAAGAUCAGGCAGGUCUGCCAGAGGGGACUCUAAGCAUUCAAUCCCUCCCGUUUUCCAGAAAGAGCGAAGACCACCUACAUCAUGGAGAUCCUCUAAUACACCAUUUCUUUGUAUUGCUUGUGGAGCAAAGACAGAACUAUAUAUCAAGGAUUCAAUGAGAUUCAGUUUCUCAGAAGUACAGCUGGCAACAGAUGAUUUUUCAAAGGAUAACUUGCUUGGAGAAGGUGGAUAUGGUCAUGUAUAUAAAGGUCGGUUAAAAGAUGGUCAGGUCAUUGCUGCAAAGGUGCGGAAGGAAGCAAGCACACAAGGCUUUUCCGAGUUUCAUUCGGAAGUUUAUGUUUUGAGCUUUGCGCGUCACAGAAAUAUUGUGAUGCUUUUGGGUUAUUGCUGCAAGGAAAAUGUUAACAUCUUAGUCUAUGAAUACAUCUGCAAUAAAUCUCUUGAAUGGCACUUAUUCGAGAAUGCGGAGAAUGUUCUUGAGUGGCACCGCAGAUAUGCUAUUGCCAUUGGCACUGCAAAGGGCUUGCGUUUUCUGCAUGAAGAAUGCCGUGGAGGUCCAAUUAUUCAUCGUGACCUGAGGCCAAGCAAUAUACUGCUCACUCAUGACUAUGUUCCCAUGCUAGGUGACUUUGGCCUGGCUAAGUGGAAGACAAAUGAGGAUAAGAUAUACACAAGAAUACUUGGCACAUUGGGAUAUCUUGCUCCUGAAUAUGCUGAGAAUGGCAUUGUGUCUGUAAGAACAGAUGUCUAUGCAUUCGGCAUUGUUCUUAUACAACUAAUUUCAGGACGCAAAGCUGUAGAUUCAAUGAGAGAAGACAGUCAUCAUUCCCUUAGACAAUGGGCAAUUCCACUCAUUGAAAGGCUUGCAUUACAUGAGCUUAUUGAUCCCCGCAUAUGUGAUUCGUACGACACAUUUGAAGUGUACCACAUGGCUAGAACAGCAUUCUUGUGUGUGCAGAAUGACCCUGAGCUGCGGCCAUCAACGGGAGAGGUCUUGCGUCUUCUUCAAGGGGAGUUAGACCAUCUCCACCAGAUUGCGGAGCAGUUUGUGCCUCAAUUUGUUCCACAUUUUAGUAAAUAGAAAUUUGAUCACCAAUGUUGUUUAAUUUGUUGCUGCAAAUGUCUUGAGAUGUUCUACAUUUCUGUUUGGUACAACACUUUAUGAUACAAGUAAUACUUUUAUAAGUUUUUCUAGUAUAAAGUCCGAUUUAUCUUGUUACGCUCUCAUACAUUUGAAAAUUAAA